GCUCUCAGCUGUUUUCUGUUUUCUGCUCUGUUCUGUUUCUGUUUUUAAAAUUCGCUACAUUGGGCAUCGCAAACUUUAAUGUGUCCUGUUGUGCAAGUUUACAGUUGAUAAAAAUGGAAUCUGGUUCUUUUACGAGCGCUGGAAUCAUUAUUAGUCCUAGUACACAUCAGAAAAUCCGAUCUAGGAAUGCUGCUAUGCGGUUGAAACAUGGAGUGCCGCAAUUCAAAGAUGUACUGCGUAAGCGGUUUCUCAGCCGGAUAAAAGAGAGUAGAGGUCGACUGCUUGAUAAGUUUAGGGAUGUGGGUGCGACACACAACGAUACUGUGUUCAAAGCUAUUCAGCAAGAAGUUUCCAAUAUCUUGGACACUGAAGAUUUUGUAGAAAUGGAUGUAGAAGACGAAACUCGUUACAGGGAAGAGGUUGAAUCUGAAACAUUGCUUGAGCUAGAGAAUUGGCUUAUGCAACAGUAUGACCUCCUUAUGGCAGACGACAACACAUUGCAGCAGCUAUGGGAAGAGACACUUCGGGUUGUAUGUCCAGUGUGUUUAAAAGGUAAUUUAAUUUCAAAUGUUUUUGCAAACACCAUUCACUGUGAAAAUUGUCCCAUCACUCUGCCAGCACGAGCUUCUCUUUCUGAUAUAAGAGAUCGCAUCUACACCAUUGUAACUCAUCAUUCAGAGUCAGGCUGCUCGAGCCAAACUCUAUUUUUUCUCUCACAAGAAGAUUCAUCUUUAUAUGCUCACUGCAAUGUUUGUCCAUAUCUUGAUUUAGCUGUCUAAAAAAAAAAGAAACACUAGGCAAAUAAUGUAAGAUGAAGUUUUCAUGAAAAUCAGUAGUGUAACUAGACAAAUAAGUACUGUGAUAUAAGUAAUAUUAUAAAAUAUCCCAAAAGACUGAUAGAAGUUACUAUGUUUUGCAACCUUUUGAAACCACUGACAGCCCCUGUAAAUGUUGUAAGUUUUCAAUAUUUUCUUUUCUUCAUUGGUGAAAAAGAAAAAUGUUCCCAUAAAUUAUUUGUUGUUUUUCAAAGACUGAUACUUUGGUUUUAAUAAAUUUCUGGUCCUCUUUA